CUAAAAUGAAUAUAUGUAUGUGUGUGUGGUUAAAUAUACAUAAUAAUUACACACAGUACACACAUACUGUAUAUUAUGCAAAAAAAUCACUUUUAUUUUGUAUGCGAUUAAUCGCGAUUAAUCUUCGACCAGCACUUUUAAAAACGCAAUUAUAUUAAAGCGUCUGUUGUUGUUACUGAAAUGAAUGAUUAUCAAUCAUCUGCUAACCUCCUCUUAAAACAUUGUUGUGUUUUGACCUGCGUUUCAAUGCUAAUCAACAACGUCCUACCAUCAGUUUUAAGUUUGUAUUAUUCAGUGCCACAAUAUAUGUUUAUAAAACACUCACAAUUUCUCCAACCUGUUGAAGUUAAUAGCUCGACAUUCCUCUCAAAGCGGUCUUAGUCGGGAAAGUGAUCUGUUUUCAAAGGCCAGAGAUCCGUGACCCAAAUCUAUUGUUGGUGAACUCUGUCCAGAGCUCACAACUAAACAAUACAGCUUGUUUGGACAGGUGAUCUUAUUCCUGAUGUGAAGAAGGCUUCGAGUGAGAUAACAGGCUUAGGCAUCUAUUGGAACAAAGGUAUCGGUUUUAAUCCGACAUGCAGCAGAAUUCCCAGUUGGCACACAUCCCCUAUUUUAAACGCAAAGACGAGUACGUUGAUUAUGAAAACUCAUCAAAGGAUUUUUCAUUCAGUCGUGUUGUAUCGCAAAUGAAUGUCAUGCAAACAUCCAAAUGCCGCGAAUGGGCUUGUAAAUGAAUGUCAAUUAUGUGGCCCAAUUAGUGUGAUGUGUUUACUGUGUAAACAGAGGCUGUUUGUUUGCGCUCUCCGCAGAUUUCAGCCGAAGCUCUGUUUGUGUUGGGUGUUUCUUAUUGAACGUUUCUCAGCUGCGAAACCUUUUGAUUCUCCCUUAAUGAUUUAAUAUCCAUCUGUUUUAUCAUCGCGUUUUAAUGACUUGUAGACGAUUAUAACAGCAGCAAAAUGAGAGCGCACAAACAGGUCUCGCCGGUGUUCGUACGUGUCUCUGAAAGCGUCUCCGGCUUUCGCCAUAUCUUCUCGCCACACUCCAAUUCCAAACGUCUGGUUUGUCAUAUUAAUAAGCGAAUGCUGAAGAGUGUCUGAACUUGCCUAUGGAACAUUUCAGUAAGACGGGCCUUUCUUUACCCCUCCCCAAAUAGAAAUGGGGGAUGUUACUCAUUUGCUCCUUCAGAGCGGCCGAGGUGUAGAUUAGAAGGCAUUAGGUGUCACUAUGGACAACUGCUGAAGAGUGAUGCUGUAAGAAGCCUCUCUCAAAUGAACCGUGGAGUCUGUGGUCCAUUAUGAUUGGGUGCUUUCUUCAAACCCGUCUGAGGUGAGUCAUGUGACUUGGUGAGAGGGUGGGACGCCCAUGAAAGUGGAACUCACACCUGACUCAGGUGAGAAAAGCUGUCUGUAUUGUGGAGCAUCAUACAGUAAGGUCUCAUGCCUUGCACCUUUGGACAAUUCUGGUAUGCUAGGUUCUCCUAACAGGAUCUCUUCCAUUUUUCAAUAACUCACCACCUCAAAAAGGAUCAGUUGGAAAAGCUUCAUACACACAGAAUUGAACAUUACGCUUCCGCUGUCAACUUUCGAUAUUGAUCUACCGCUAAAGUUUAUCCAGCAUCUUCACUGAAGGACCUUUUACCGAACCUAGGCCAUGUUUGGCACUGGGCAUCUGGUGUCUCCUCUAUCUCCUGCAUUCCUCCACUCUUCGGCUGCACAAUUCUUCCCAGCCUUUCCCAGCAGGUUAGGUUCACCGCAGAUCCUCAUCCCCGGACCUCUGAUCAGCUAUGAGCUUCUGCGCAGCUACCUGCAGCCUGAACCCUGCAAGCAGGCUCUGCUAAUGGCCUCUCAGUCCUCAGGGCACCAUGCUGAAAAUAUUGAUGAACCCCGGCCAGUGAAGCAGCGGCGAGCUCGGGCCAACUACAGCAGCUGGCAGCUGGAGGAACUGGAGAAGGCCUUUGAGAGCACACACUACCCCGAUGUCUUCAUGAGAGAAGCACUGGCUCUUAGACUGGACCUGAUUGAGGCCAGAGUGCAGGUGUGGUUCCAAAACCGCAGGGCUAAGAUGCGCAGACAGAUGAAACUCCAAGGCCAGCCAGGUGAGCAGUGUUGCAGGCAUGACAGUGACAACAGACAGGCUGAUUCAUCCAGCAGAAAUCCCAGAGCUCCAGAUCUCCGCAGCAGCAGUCCAUGCUGGGAAAGGAAACAGGACAGUGGAAGCCCCAGUUGGCCCAAACCCACCUCAUCAGGUAUCCACAGCCCCGUGAGCAACAUGCUUCAGGGGGCGGGAGAUCAGGACGGGUCAGAGGUGUCUAGUCCUGAAGACUUCCGCUGCUGUAGCAUUGCCAAGCUGAGGGCGAAGGCCAGGGAUUAUGAAGCAGAGAUCCACAGCACUGUGGCCAAAGCCAGCAGAGAGAGGCAGCUGAAGACACGAGUAUCUGACACAGUUCUGGACAAAGACUAAGCAGAUGUGCCUGUGUCCAAACGUGUUUAUUACUGCAUGAUCACACGGGACAAGAGGAUAAAUCAUAUUAAAUAUAUAAUUUAUGGACAUUAUUUUACCCAAAUAUACUUUCAUGA